AAAGAGAAAUGGAGGGAGGUCGAGAUGAAAAGAGAAGCAAAGAGGAAGACAGGAAGAGCUAAUUAAACAGAGGAAGGAUAGAUGUGGAGGAGUGGGCGGGGAGAGAAAGGGCAAGAUGACUUAACUGGGAUACACCGCCUGCUCAAGAUUACUCCACCCUCACACACACACAGCAGUUUCCCAGUGAGGUAAAUCCCCAGCAUUCCCCCUCCUAUGCACUGUCACAGCCCUCCCACUCCUGCAACUGGUGUGUGUGUGUGUGUGUGUGUGUGUGUGUGUGUGUGUGUGUGUGUUUGUGUGUGCGUGUGUCACCACUUUUCUCUGGCAUUCCUGUGCAGAGCGGAGAGAGACGGUGAGCUCGGCUGCAGGGAGACAGGACUACGAAUCCAACUCGGAACUCGGAAGGAUUUUCUCAGCAGAAGAAGAAGAAGAAGAAGAAGAAAAAGAAAAACAAUCCUCGCGGCUUGUUCUGAUCGCUGAUUUGGGAAUUUCAAUUUUGGGAAAAUCUCCCUGCAAGGCAGUUGAAAAGUCUUCCAUUCUCAACAAGGGGUUUUCUAGAAAAGCAUCCUCACAGUUUCCUCCUCUUUCUUUUCCAUCUCCAUCUCUUCCCUGGAGGCAGAUUCCAAACUUCGGACUGCUGACAUCCAGGGUUUGGGAAUACAGUUGCAGAGGCAAAAAAAGUACAAGGGCAUAGUGUUGCAACAGCAUACAGAGACCCUGGCUCCUGUAAAGAUGGCUGACGUGGUGCAGCCAGACCCAAACAGCCUGCAGAUACCGGGUGAUAAUUUAUCAGCCCCUUCGUCGCCUGCCACGGCCAGAAAUGACUGCAGCAUCACACCCCUCACACCCUCGCCCUCGCCAAGGGUGGAGGUCAGACCCAGGAUGGCCUGUCCGUUCUCUGUUGUCGUGGCGAUAGAUUUUGGGACAACGUCCAGCGGCUAUGCGUUCAGCUUCACACAGGACUCAGAGGCCAUACACAUGAUGAAGCGCUGGGAAGGCGGCGACCCAGGAGUGGCCAAUCAGAAGAGCCCCACGUGUCUGCUGCUGACUCCCGAUUUGCGGUUCCACAGCUUUGGUUUCGCGGCACGAGACUUCUACCACGACCUGGACCCGGAGGAGGCCCGGCACUGGCUCUACUUUGAUAAAUUCAAAAUGAAAAUCCACAGCACAAGUGACCUCACCAUGGAGACAGAGCUGGAGGCGGUCAACGGACGGAGGGUCAGGGCCAUCAAGGUGUUCGCUCACGCCCUGCACUUCUUCAGGGAACAUGCUCUAAAGGAAGUGAAGGACCAGUCCUCAUCAGUGCUGGAGGGAGAGGAGAUCAGAUGGGUGAUCACUGUCCCCGCUGUGUGGAGGCAACCUGCCAAACAGUUCAUGAGAGAGGCCGCAUACCUGGCUGGUCUGGUGUCUCCUGACUGUCCUGAGCAGCUCCUCAUCGCUCUAGAACCAGAGGCUGCGUCCAUUUACUGCCGCAAGCUCCGCCUCCACCAGGUGAUUGACCUCAGCAUGCAGCCAAUCACAAACGGCCUCGAUCUGGACGGGUCCCGGCCCUUCGACUCCAGCUUCAGACAAGCAAGGGAGCAGUUGAGGCGAUCCAGACACAGCAGGACCUUCCUGGUGGAGAGUGGAACUGGAGAGCUGUGGUCAGAGCUGCAGACUGGGGACAGGUAUAUUGUUGCAGACUGUGGAGGAGGGACUGUUGACCUGACUGUCCAUCAGAUCGAGCAGCCACAGGGAACACUGAAGGAGCUCUACAAGGCUUCAGGCGGUCCGUACGGGGCUGUCGGCGUAGACCUGGCCUUCGAAGCCAUGCUGUGCCAGAUCUUCGGCGAGGACUUCAUCCAGAGCUUCAAAGCCAAACGUCCGGCGGCCUGGGUGGACCUCACCAUUGCAUUCGAGGCAAGGAAGCGGACGGCGGCGCCGGGCAGAGCCAACGCCCUCAAUAUCUCCCUGCCCUUCUCUUUCAUUGAUUACUACAAGAGACACAGAGGGCAGAGUGUGGAGGCCGCCCUGAGGAGGAGCAACAUGAACAUAGUGAAGUGGUCGUCCCAGGGGAUGCUGCGACUGACACAGGAAGCCAUGACCGAGCUCUUCCAGCCCACCAUUGUCAACAUUGUCAAACAUAUUGAGGAGCUGAUGGUGAAGCCAGAGGUGUGCGGUGUGCGCUUCCUCUUCCUGGUUGGAGGCUUUGCAGAGUCGCCCAUGCUGCAGAAAGCAGUCCAGAAGGCCCUGGGGCGGACGUGCCGCAUUAUCAUCCCCCAUGACGUUGGCCUUACCAUACUGAAGGGUGCCGUGCUCUUCGGGCUGGAUCCCACCGUGGUCCGAGUGCGCCGAUGCCCCUUGACCUACGGUGUUGGCGUGUUGAACCGGUUUGUGGAGGGGCGCCACCCUCGAGAUAAACUCCUUAUCAAAGAUGGCCGCGAGUGGUGCACCGACAUCCUCGACCGCUUUGUCUCUGUCGACCAGUCGGUGGCUCUGGGCGAGGUCGUGAGGCGCAGCUACACCCCUGCUCGUCUGGGCCAACGGAAAAUCAUCAUCAACAUCUACUGCAGCAUCACAGACGAUGUUACAUACAUCUCUGACCCCGGCGUCAGGAAAUGUGGGACGAUAACGUUAGACCUACCAGAACCUUUACCACUACCAGGAGCAGUGGGAGGAGCAGGAGGAGGAGGAGGAGGAGUCCCAGAGAGGAGGGAGAUCAGAGCGACCAUGCAGUUUGGAGACACAGAGAUCAAAGUCACAGCCGUUGACGUCAUGUCUAACCGCUCUGUCCGGGCUUCCAUAGACUUCCUGUCUAAUUGAGGAGGAGCAGGAAGUGGAGACGAGGAUCUGAAAACAGAAAUAACUGAUUCCAAGAAUGAUAAUCUUAGAAAAAGCGGUACUUUGGGAGUGGGGCUCAAAUAUUUUUGGAAGGACGGGGAGGGUUGCAUUAAUUGAAGAAACUCACACCUCAUAAUUCAGACAUUUAGGAUUUACAUUUAAUCAUUAGAGUAUAAAAAAAAAAUCAUGAAAGUCCUAAAAAGAAUUUAUAUUCAGUUGAACUGUAGGGUGCCCUCUCGGCAUGGGAAAGAAGAAAUUACUUUGUCUGGUUUCAGUGGCGAGUUUUUCAUGUCACGCCAUAUAAAUGCUGUCACAGGCAUUUCCUGCCCAGAAAAUAUUCUGAGUGCCACAUGUGUGAAACCAAAUGCAAGCUGAGGGCUGAAUACAAAUCUGUAGUGCAGUGAGACAAACAGGUACCAUCAAAUGAUUCAACCUGUCCGAGGAGUAUUUCAAAAACACUUACCUGGAGAGACUCUACCUGAAGCAGCAAACUACCUAGAGUGAGACUCACUCGUGUGUGUUCAGUGCUAAAUAUUAGGAAUGUUGCCUUUUCCCUCACAUAAUUAAUGAUACCUCAUUUAAAUCCUAUUUCAACCUUCAUAUAUGAUGUAUAUGAUGUUCAUAUAUUGAUGCUACGACCUGGACUGCAGCUUUGUUUCUCCCAUGUCGAUGAUUGUGCACCACCUAGGGGUGAAAAGACUGAACUACUAGCUGAGAAAGCACCUUGGAAUAUAAACACUCCAGGGAUAAAAAUCAAAACACAUGUAAGAGGCGUAUAUUGGGAAGGACCGUUGCAUUAUUACAUACUUUGAACUUACAAAGUUUUAGAAAGUCAGGUUUCACCCACAUCCAUGUCUAAAAGUUUCAGCAUUUGUGUUACACUACACGGGAACAUGUUUGGGAUUACCUGAUUUCUUCUUUCCAAAUCAGGAUGAGAGCUUUAACUGUACAACAGUUGUUUUAUUUCAAAUGUUUCAAAACCUACUGCGACAUUAAAGCUGUAUUAUUAGAUUUUUUUUGGCCACAUAGGGGCAAUGGAUCAAGCUGUAAAUGCAACAUUGAUAUAUCCUCAUCAAGUUGUUGGCAUUCCUGGGGAACUGUAGAGUUGGUUGAGCAGUGAGUGACAUUUUUGUCAUUACAAUUAGUGACUUGAUCCAUAAUAUAAAAUAUUGAUUAGUGCAGCUUUAAAGUGAGUUCCUGCAGAAAGAAAGGUGGAUGGGGGAAAGUGUUGGUUAUCAAUUGUACCACCUAGAGUCAUCACCCUGUCAUGUUUAAGUCAGGAAAUGAUGUUUUUAUGUGUAUACUGUAUUAAACUGUAUCCAUGUUUAUGUAUAAAGUAAUAUCAUAAAACGUAUGACCUAUGAGUGUAUUGAUACACUAUCAGUCAACACAGUGUGAUUUAAGCUGUGAAUUUAUUGAUAAGAAUGGUCCGAUAAAUAGUUUCACACAGCAUAACCAAUGACAAACGGUUCAGAACUGCUCAACAUCCUAUCAGUGCUUUACUCUCCAUGUUACAUAAUUUGUCACGUAACAGAAAAAAACCAGAUUAGAAAUGACGGCUCCUUCAGGUCAGAGAGGAAGAGCUGACUCUGAGGGGACAGGAGUGUGUUUAAUUCAAAACCAAGGGGGAUUGAUCUCAUUCUUCUUGUAUUUCAGAAUCAUUUCUCAGUAAAACGAUCACAGGUGGAACGAUAACAGCGCGUGAAAUUUUAAAGACAUUAGCAAGUCAAAGCUUCAGUAAGAAAAAAAAAACAA